AUGGCAAAAACGGAGGCUGGAAUGUCGCGCUCGCGCUCGCGCCGGCUGAUGGUUGCAAUUGGGAUUUCGGCGGCCUUCUUCUUGACGGAGAUUUCGGUUGGGUUCUACACUCAUUCUCUCGCCCUAGUUGCGGACGCGUUUCACUAUCUCAAUGAUCUCGUCGGGUUCAUUGUGGCAUUCACUGCUCUAAAGGUCUCAACCGGCAAAAGUUCCCCGCAAGAGCUUUCCUACGGAUGGCAACGCGCGCAGGUCCUAGGUGCAUUCUUCAAUGGGAGUCUGCUUUUUGCGCUGGGGAUCAGUAUCUUCCUGCAGUCGAUUGAGCGGUUUAUUACCUUGCAUCAUGUUGAGGAUCCGAAUCUGAUGCUUAUUAUUGGGUGCAUCGGGCUGGGACUCAAUGUCAUUUGUGCGAUGUUCUUGCACGAGCAUCAUCAUGGUCACGACCACGAUCACGACCACGGUCAUCAUCAUCACCACCCGGAGGAAGUUGAUAUCGAACAGCAGGAUAAGGUUGGAAACGAAGCAAAGCACCACGAACACAGACACCUUAAGCACGAAGAAGUCCCCGCCUUUAGCGGCCACGACCUGGGCAUGAUGGGCGUCAUGCUCCAUGUCAUAGGCGACGCCGCCAACAAUUUAGGAGUCAUCGUUGCUGCCCUGGUGAUAUGGCUGACCAGCUACGAGGCGAGGUACUAUGCCGAUCCAGCCACAAGCAUGGGAAUUGCAGCUAUGAUUGUAUUGUCCGCUCUUCCACUUGUCCGACAAUCCGGUCUCAUAUUGCUGGAAAGCGCUCCGAAAGGGCUUAAUCCUGCGGAUGUAAAGCAUGAUCUUGAAAAGAUCCCUGGUAUCCUCGCAGUUCAUGAACUACAUAUCUGGCACCUUAGCCAGCACAAGGUGCUUGCAUCAGUUCAUGUCGCGAUCCAGGACCAUUCGGUAUCCGAGUUCUCGAAGCUGGUGACGACGAUUCAGGAGUGUUUUCACGCGUAUGGGAUUCAUUCAGUGACGGUGCAGCCGGAGAUGGCGGGCCCUAUGAAUCGCCUCGUCUUGGGGUAUGCACAAGAGCAGUUGGAGAUGAACGGGCUCGCAAUACAAAAGGAUGCUGGCCAGUGCCAGUCGAAGUGUAGUGCUGUAUGCAAGGAACUGGCUUGCUGUGGGUAG